UAGAGAUGGACACUAAAAAUUUGCUGGACGUCCUGACGGCUGUUCGUCAUUUUGCCGACCUCCCGACGUUUCUGGUGGCUACAUGUGUGUGCCUGCUCGUGUACAUAUAUCUCCAGCGGCCCAGGAACCUACCACCCGGGCCCAGGGGGUGGCCGCUUCUCGGGAACCUCCCCAUGUUACGCAAGUCGGCCUUUCUUCCUGCCACGCUCACGGAGCUGUCCAAACAGUACGGUGACGUCAUGACCACGUGGAACGGCCGGACCCCUACCAUCGUCCUAACUGGGUACGAGACUAUCCGGACAGCCCUGGUCAAGAGAGCUGGAGAUUUCUCUAGUCGGAGAGCCAAUGCAGUAUUGGUGAAAUUACGUGGGGAUGGCAUCACUGCUGACGGUAUCCUCUAUUCCCUCGACGGACCACGCUUGAAACACCUGCGAAAAUUCACCCUUAAGACUUUCCGGGACUUCGGCGUCGGCAAGCGGACUUUGGAGGACAAGGUCAACGAAGAAGCAAACAUCCUCGUUCAGGAAGUUCUGUCGCAAAAUGGACAACCAUUCGACAUAAAAAUCAUGAUGCAAAACGCUGUCUGUAACAUCAUUUUCUCAAUUGUCUUUGGGGACCGACUUGACUAUGACAACCCCGAUUUUCUGCGACUGAUUAGCCUCUUGAACACCGCCAUCGAAACAAAGCCAACUAUCAGUGAUAUCCUUACAUUUAUACUCCCUGUGUUUCGACACCUCCAAUCCAGCGAAGCAUCGUUGAUAGCAAAGGUAGAGAGAAUGUAUCAGGCUCUUCGUGAGUUCUGCAGUGAGCAGAUUCAGAAACACAGGCUGACCUUUGACCCGUACGACAUCCGGGACUUUCUCGACUCCUUUCUUCUCGAGCAGCAUCGGGCUACCGACGAUCGGGCUGUUGAGACUUUCACCGACAAGCAGCUAAAAGAGGUGCUGAUAGACUUGUUUCUAGCCGGUACUGAGACCACCGCCACCACCACCCGCUGGGCCCUGCUGUACAUGAUGCUCAACCCAAACAUCCAGGAAAAGGUUCAUCAGGAGAUAGACUCGGUGUUAGGGCAGAGCGCGCCGUCCUACGCACAGCGAGACCAGCUGCCCUACACAACAGCGACCCUAGCGGAAGUCCAGAGAUUUAAGCCCGUCGCGCCCCUGAGUGUUCAACACGCAGCGCCCAGGGACACCACCCUCAAUGGCUACAACAUUCCCCAGAACGCUCCCAUUUUGAUCAACCUGUGGUCCGUGCACAUGGAUCCUCAGCUGUUCCCGGAGCCGAACACCUUCCAACCCGAACGUUUCCUGGAUCAGGACGGAAACUUCGUCAAACACGAGGCGCUCAUCCCGUUUUCUCUCGGCCACCGGGCAUGUCUUGGUGAACAGCUGGCCAGGAUGGAACUCUUCUUGUUGUUCGUCUCCCUGAUGCAGCGUUUCACGUUCCACCUGCCAGAGGGCGCACCUGAGCCUUCCAUGUUAGGAAUCUAUGACCAUAAUACCCAUGUCAAUCUGCCGUUUCCAUUUGAUUUGUGUGCUGUCCCACGUGGUUAGCUUCUACAGAAAUGUUGAUGAAGGUAGUAUAGCAUAUUAUAUAGGGUCUCGUUCCUGUAUUACUCCGAGUGGGCACA